ACUGUGCGUGUGUUCAGGUCAAUACAGGGCCUGUGAAACUAUGGAAGUGGUAAAGCAGAAUUUACUGAAAAAUGACAGACAGGUUGUUAACCUCAUUUAGUGUCUUGGACAGCUAUUCUCGAAAGGUCUUGAGCAAACAUUCCAGGGGUCAUCAACUAGGAGUGGUGCAAGGAAAGCGCCCUGAUGUGACUUGUGAAAUAUGCUCCCAAUUAACAAAUGCCUAUGACUGGGAUUUCGACUUACCUAGUACUAGAAGAACUGAACUAUCCAAACCUAAAACUGCCAAGCAGAUUAUAAACGAGGAGCAAAAAAUGGUUCAUAAAAAAAUAAGGUCAUCAGUACCUUGGGCAACGUCUGCUUUCGCUCCAGUGACAAUACCCCGUGAACAAUACAGUGGCAUUCUUAACAUCCGGCCAUUCAGCAAACCUGAAGAUCGAGCUGGUAGUAAUUCACACCAGAAAGGCAACAAGAGAAGCAGUGAAGAGGGAUACAUGAUAAUUAAAAUUAAAAAAUCUCAAACCGCGUCCUCAAAAUUAGGAACAUCUUCCUUGAGGAGACUGAACUGGACAAGAGAGGUUGAAAGGAUCACACCUUUGGAAGUUUUAAGCAAAGUGGACAGCCAGGCCCAGGUUGGUGGAGUGCUUGGUUUCACAGACAUUUCACACUGGUAUUCAUUCACAGGAAACAGCACGCGAACCUUGGAGACACCCGCCAGUGUUUUCACAGGGGAAGUUGACAGCCAAUAUAAUAUUCCCGAGUCUGUUGGAAGCUCAGUGGCACGUCAAGUACAAUAUGGCAGUGUGGUCAGCUGGAAUGGUACCUGUAGAAGGACUGAAGACAAUUGUUCUGCAAAGUACUCACAGCAAGAACAUAUGCAUAACAUGAGAGAAUUCGAUUCAGAAGUCAAGCCAGUGGGUGUCCCUCUCUGCAUUGAGGAUGAGCUUGACAACAAAUCUGCGAGGAUACUUUCACCAAAACCUCAGAAACUAUACAUACCUCUUCUGAGCAUUAGUGAAACACAUCCGGUGGUGUAUCAUAAGGAAUGUCAAUAUAAACCAUUUAGCAGCCAAAGCUCUCGACCAAGUGAACAUAACGAAUCUUCAAAUAAAAGAAUAGAAAUAAUGGCAAAAGACAAAAAAGAAAUCCAGUGUUCUGUUACCGGCGUGACCCUGUACAGCAAAGAAGGCCACAGGCAUGGUAAGACGGUGGAGAAGAAAGAAGUGAAAAGCAAUGUGCCCCUGCUGGUAAAAUCAAAGUCCAUUAAGAAAGUUAACAUUCGAGUAUUAUCAGCUGAUGGAACGACUAGUAAAACUAAUGACUUUGUCGAAGGGCUUCCUACUGUUCAACCCACAAGUUGUAUUUCUCACAAUGUGGUUCCUUUAACCAAAACCCCUCUGAAGCCUCUCACUGCUAUAACAAGUAUGAAUAAAUCACCUUUAGAUGUCGGUCAAGUAAAAAAUGGAAUGAAUCCGAAAAAUAAUUCAGAAGCUGAAGUGCUUUCUACUAGGUAUUUAAAAACAAUACCAUCGCCUUCCUGCAAAAAUAACUUUGGAAACUGGACACAGAAAAUCCCUUACAAUAAAUACCAAACUGCAGAUCAGGAGCCAAAAAUUGACUUCAUAAUGAUUUCAAAACCACUGAAACAACCUCCACUUGAAAAGGUUUCGUUAACUAGCAACAUAUUCACUCACAGCAAAGGCUGCCCUUUGGAGCAGGCUUUAUUCCAAGACACCAUUGAAGAGUCAGAAAAUGACACAUUUGUCUUUCAUCAGCUUGUUUCCAGACCGAGCAGCUAUAAUGAGAAGAAAAGAAGAAAGCCUGUAUCUGAAUGGAACAGACAGGAUUCCCAGACUGCCAGCCCCGCACUCGAACCUUCAGCUGAGGAGAACACAGAGACCAAACAGACGGGUUCUGGGCCCACGAAGACUAGCAGGUCUCAUUCAGCAGAGGAGAACACAGAGAUCAAACAGACGGGUUCUGGGCCCUUGAAGACUAGCAGGUUUGAUUCAGCAGAGGAGAACACAGAGAUCAAACAGACGGGUUCUGGGCCCUCGAAGACUAGCAGGUGUCAUUCAGCUGAGGAGAACACAGAGACCAAACAGAAGGGUUCUGGGCCCUCGAAGACUAGCAGGUGUCAUUCAGCUGAGGAGAACACAGAGACCAAACAGAAGGGUUCUGGGCCUUCGAAGAGAAGUGUGAGACCCGGCACAUCUUCAGAGGUGCCAGAUGAACCAUCUGAAGAAGAAGAAACUAAGGCCUCAGUGAAGACACCUCCUCCCUUUAGCCAGCACCCAGUUAUUAGCAUUCCAACUGCUAUGAGUUAUAAACAGAACGACCGCAUGGAAUUCUGAAGGAGGGGAUAUACCGGUGGUUGAAGAGGAAGGGAGGAAGGCAUCACUGAUCAACACAAUUGCUCCUGGAUCUACUGCUUCAGAGGAUGGUUAAGAAGGCAAAGUUAAAUCAGGAAACACAGAUUAACAAUCUGAAUAGCAUACAUUUGCAGUAGAUGAUUAAAAUCUAGGUUCUCUCACACACUUUCAUGAAUGCAGCUGUGACAGUAAUAUUGUAUAUCCUCAGUACAGUUUACUGUAUAUAUAAAAUAUCUGAAAACUGUAUUUUUAUGUAGAAACUUAGAAAUGGUUUACCUAUUGAAAUUGUGAAGGUACUGUAAGUGUUGUUUUAUGAGCCAUAAUUUUAAAUGCAUUAUGAAAAAAUACACUUAAAAACACUUGAGAACAAAAACUGUGUUAAAGUAUUGCUCUGGUUACUCUUUUAGUCACAGAAAUAUGGUGAUACCUUUAAAGCUUACAUAUAUUGUGUAUUAUUAAAGCUUUGAAAUCCUCAUGUUUCAUAUUUCUUUUGAAACUAGAACAAAAACUAAAAUUUUACAGUUUUCUGUGAUCCACUGACAUCCUGUAGUCGCAGAAAACAAACCAGAUCUCCGACUGCUUGCUGCAAUGCUACAAAGUGAGGGGCUGGAACUUGUGUUAUGAGAAUACAUUGGAUAACUGUACUUCCCUA